AUGGCUGGUCUUUCACUUCAAUCAACCCGCAAAAUGGUGUCGGGAUAUGAGAUCCCCGUGGUCGGCUUCGGUGUUUACCAGACACCUUCCGAUGUUACCGAGAAGGUGACGCUCAAAGCUCUCGAGCUGGGAUACCGCCAUGUGGACAGCGCAAAAGUUUACGGCAAUGAGAAAGAAAGCGCUUCAGCCAUCCGCAAGUCAGGACUGGACCGAUCGCAGAUCUUCUACACAAGCAAGGUUCCAAGAACAUGCAUGGGCUAUGAGAAAGCAAAGCAGGCCAUCGAAGAAAGUGUCGCGGCUGCUGAUCUUGGCUACAUUGAUCUCAUGUUAAUCCACGCACCCUAUGGCGGUAAAGAAGCCCGCCUGGGUACUUGGCGCGCUCUGGUCGAAGCCCAGAAGGCUGGCAAGAUCAGAUCCCUGGGAGUCUCUAAUUUCGGCAUUCCACAGCUGGAGGAGCUUGAGGCAUACAUUCAGUCUGGUGGUGGCGGUCAAAUUUCUGUUGGCCAGUAUGAGAUUCACCCUUGGUGUCCUCGCGAUGAUGUCGCCGAAUGGUUGCAAAAGCGCAACGUGGUUGUUGAGGCGUACUCGCCUCUUGUGCAAGCUACGCGCAUGAAAGAAAAUGUUUUGCAGACCCUUGCCAAGAAGCACGGAAAGACUCCUGCUCAGAUUCUGGUUCGCUGGAGCCUGCAAAAGGGAUAUGUGCCUUUGCCGAAGUCAGUGACAGAUUCGCGUAUCCAAGAGAAUGCGCAGGUCUUUGAUUUUGAGCUUUCCCCAGAGGACAUGGCUAGUCUGAAAUUGAACUCGUAUGCGCCUGUGUGCUGGGACCCUGUCCGGGACUGCAAGAUUUAA